AUGAGUGGAGGCGGCGGCAGCAGUUCGUCCUCCUCGCCCACCAAACCACGCCACAGCCACCAUCUACCGCCGCUCAAGACGGCCUCACUCGCACCACACCAUGGCGGCCACACGCCGCCCAAGCCCCAGUACACGCCGCCCCUCCUCCUCACCGUCCGCUUCUCGACGUCCAUCCCCGACCUCCUCCUGGACAUCCCCCACCCGGGCCGCACCACCGUCGCCGCCCUCAAGCACCUGAUCCGCUCGCGCCUCGAGCAGCCCAACUCCCAGCGCCGCCUGCGCUUCAUCCACAGCGGCAAGAUCCUCCCGGACACCGCCGUCCUCGGCUCCGUCCUCAAGGUCCUUCCGCCCCCGCCAUCGGCAGCCGCGGCCAAGGAGGAACAUGACCCCAAGGGGAAGGGGAAGGCGGUCGAGGGCGGCGCCGGCGCCCAGAGGGUCUACGUGAACUGCAGCAUCGGCGACCUCCUCACGGACGCCGAGCUGGACGAGGAGAGGCGGAGGGCAGAGGAGCCCGUGCCCGAGCAGCAGCCGACGGGGCGGUCGUCGCCCUACCCCCCGAGCCGCUCACCGCUGCCCGGCGGCGCGGGGUCCGGCGCAGCGGGCCAGGACCAACAGCAGCGACAGCGGACGCCGCGCGGCUUCGACAGGCUGCUCUCGGCGGGCUUCACCGCGGCCGAGGUCAACCAGCUGCGGCUGCAGUUCCGGUCGAUCCAGGAGGCGCGGCACACGGCCGACACCCUGCCGAGCCCCGACACGCUGCGCGGCAUGGAGGACGCCUGGAUCGACAACAACAACGACGCCGCGCCCGCCGCGAUGCCGGCUGACGGCGACGAGGCCGAGGCAGCCGCCGCCGCCGCCGCCGGAGGGGGCGAGGAGUUUGGCGUCGCGGGCGUGCUGGACAUACUGCUCAAGGGCAUGUUCAUCGGGUUCGUGUGGCCGCUCGGGGCGAUCGGGUGGCUCGUGCGGGACGAGGAGAAGAUCCCCAAGCGGAUGAGGGUGUUUGUCUAUUUCGGGUUCGUGCUGAGCUUGCUUAUUGGCACUAUCCGGGCUAUUGGUUAG